AUGGCCGCUGGAAUCUCUUCAUUCUUCCCCACACUUCCCAUUCUCUUCGUCCUCGCCAUGUUCGUCCUCCUCCUGCCUGUCCCCGGUUUCUAUCGAAACAGGAACAUGUCCGUCUUGUUCUACGUCGGAUGGCUCUACGUUGGCAAUGGAAUCUAUUUCCUCAACAUGAUCCUCUGGCGGCGAAAUAUCGUCAACUGGGCACCGGUAUAUUGCGAUAUAGCGACAUUCUUUAUUACCAUGCUUCCCAUGGGAAUCUCGUGUUCACUCCUUUGUAUCAACAAACUCGUUUGGAAUAUUUCCAAAUCAUCCACGCUCUCUGUCCGAAGUACGUCACAACGUAACGUCAUAGACACGGUGGUCUGCCUUGGGAUUCCACUCAUCUAUGGACUAUUUCAUAUAUUCGUGCAAGCCCAUAGGUUCACGAUCAUUGAAGAUGUCGGAUGUGUACCGUCGACAGACCGCGCACUCCCCUCUCUCCUCGUCUACUACCUUCCGCCAUCCGUAAUCUGCUGUUGUAUAACAUCCAUCUACUGUAUCGCAUCUAUAAGCAAUCUGUUCAACAAUCGUUACAAGACCAAUUCCUUUCUCCCAACAAACGUCGUAUCCGCCCUCACUCUCAACCGCUUCAUCCGUCUCACCGCCCUCUGCGCGACUUCGUUCCUCUUCUGUGGCACAUUCCUCCUCAGCAUCCUCGUCAAGAACAUUCAGAUUGGCUUUUCGUCCUUUGCCACUUGGAGCGAACGCACAUUUGACUUUUCCACCAUCGACACGAUUCGGGCACAAGAGUUGGAUGCGUUGAAGCACAGACGGACAUUGGUCCUUCUCCAACUUCUCCCUAUCCCAGUGCUCAGCGUCCACUUUUUCCUCUUCUUCGGAUUCGGAAAGGAGGCAGUCAAGCACUACCAGUCGUCCUUUAACCUCGUCCGCUUCCUCUUGAAGCGCAUCUUCUCCUCUUCAAUAAUCCAUCGGUUGUUCCACCGACGAAAAUGCGGUGGGCAGGAAGAAGAUUUCGACAGGGUGACGAGACGGAGUAUCAUCCCCGGAUUCCGAAUCGUCUCGAUCCCGCCUCCACCUGCCGUAGCUCAAGUGGAUACAACAAAGGGGCGAGCGUUGCGGAAUGUGGAUACCGUUCUCGUUGGUAUCGAGCGCACCUCGCCACCGGCGUCGCGGCCACAUACGCCUUCUCCAUCUCCACGACCGAGUAUGCGUGAAGUUGGACGAGGUUCGUAUAUCCUCGUCGGACGCGCGUCACCAUUCCUCACUGGGACACCACCGUUUUCGCCCUUACCAUCGCGCUCAUCGACCCCUUCGCCAUCAGAGAGGAAGAUCAGGGACGGGUUCCUCCAACCCCCUACUGCCCAUUUGCAUUCGAGGCGAACAUGCUUGCAGCCUCCUAUCUCUCCCUCACGAAGAACGUCUAUCCAAUCCGCCAUAUCGCCCAUCAGUCCAGUCAGUAACAGUGAUGGGCUGAGCAUGUCGGUGGACGUAGGUCACUUCCCGCACCCACCACCUCACUUCUUCGAUGAGAUGGUCCCAUCACCGAUCAUUGAGCUCCAACUUGCGUCGUUCCCUGAUCCACCUCCUCCAAGAGGGUUGCGUGUGAUGAAUGGAGCAGAACGUGUCGUCGACGCGCAUGCGGAGGCGCCAACUUCAGUUCAACCGCAACGCCGGUCAUCCAGGUCGAAGAGGGAGAGCAAUACCAGGAUUGCGUAUCCACCGCCUACCAUGGCAAACACCAACGUUGGGUCAACUUCGCGAUUCAUGCCUAGACGAUUCUCGAAUCGAUUCUUUGGGCAGGCGAAUGGUUCGCGUACGUCCUUUGGAUUCGGCCAUGGGUUCGUCCGUGCCUCGGGGACGGGGUCGUUGUUGCGGAUUGAUGCGGAAAUGGCGAAUGCGAUUCCGAGUGGGUAUAGCCACGUCGGCUUUACCGUUCCUGCUCCUGGAGUAUCUCAGAACACCGAGGCGGUUCAGAGUGUAGUCCAAGCGCAGAGUCAGAAAGCGCAUGUCGAAGAGGGACAUUUUACCAUCAACGAGCAAGAAUUUGAUGCGGUGGAGCUCGGAGACGUGACGAGGGUACGCAGUACGGGUGGACCGUUUUAUGGGAAUUUGGACGAAGGAGGAGCGAACACGGCGAGUACGCGUUCGCGGUUUUCGGUUUACUCAGAGGACCCGGAGAGUCCGGUACAUACGCGGAGCAGGUAUACGCGUUUGUUCUCGUGGCAUUCUCAGGCAGCCCGCAGGAGCGGCAAGGUCAAUCGGAGUUUAUAG